CGCUGCGCACGUGCGGUGUGUUGUGGCUGUCAGCGCUGCUUGCCGCCGCCAUGGCGGUGCCGGUACCGGAGUUGCAGCGGGUGUGCCGGCAGGCUUGGGAGCCUGUGCUUGCCAGGGCGCGCCAGGCCGUCGUCCUCCUGGACGCGGCGUCCGCCGAGGCGCUGCACUGGGGCUGCGGUGGGGCGGGAGAGCUGCUGGCGGCGGGGGCGCUGGCCGUCAGGGCGUUGUCCGCUGAGGCGGUGGCGGGGGCGCGUGUCGUAUUUGUGGUGAGCGGGGAGCUGCGGGGCGGCACAGCCGCUGCCGUGCGCGGUGUGCUGGGCCGGGGCGCCGUGCGGCACUGCGUGCUGGUGGUCGGCGGCGAGGAGGAGGGUAGCGGCCCUGCCGAGCUUGAGGAGACGCUGCAGCGGUGGAUGGGGGAAGGUGGCCGCGCCGAGGUAGUGCUGCGGGGCCCUCCACUCCUCGCGCCUGUCUCGGCGGAGCUGUGCCUGCUUCCCAGCCUGCCGGCGUUCCUCCCGCCUCUGCCCGGCACCGGCGGGCCCAGCCCCGCUGAGGUCGGUGUGGGCGCCCUCCCUGCUGAGGUGCGGGCGGCGGUGCGGGCCCUGGUGGAGGACCUCGACGCUUUCCUCACCGCGAUGGGCCUGCGGGAGGAGAGCUUCGCCGUGGGGGCCCUCAGCAGGGUCGUUGCUGCUGAGCUCGCAAACUACGCCCCAGCCAGGAACAGGAGGAGGAUGGCCACCAGCAAGGCCGCCAUCGUCUUCGUGGACAGGACGUUGGACCUCGCUGGGGCAGUUGGUCAUCAUGGCGACAAUCUUGCAGAGAAGAUACUUUCUGCGCUUCCCAAACUUCCUGGCCACAAGACUGAUGUGAUGGUUAACAUGGUGGAACUUACAGCACUGCGGACUGCAGAUGAAACUUGCGGUAUUAUAGCACCUGGCUGCUUAGCACAACCAAAUGAUCCAGCUGCUAAAGCUCUCUGGGAGUCCUUCAUGAAUCUCAAACAAAAGGAAGCUGUGAUGGAGGCUAGGAGACACCUUGUGGAGGCUGCGAGCAGAGAAAAUUUACCUAUUAAGAUGAGCAUGGGCAGAGUCACCCCAGAACAGCUCAGCUCCUACAUUAAGCUUUUCAAAAACAAUCUCAGAGCAUUGGAGAACCAUUGUGGUCUUCUGCAGCUUGUGCUGGCCACGAUCCAGACUUUGAAACACCCCCAGACUUCCAAAUGGGACAACUUCCUUGCCUUUGAGAGAUUACUUCUGCAGACUAUUGGCGAGUCAGAAAUGGCCAGUGUUUUGAACCAGUUAUUGCCCAUGAUCAAGCCUUACAAUGAGAGGACAAAAGAUGAUUAUACCUGCGAGGACUUCCUUGUCUUGCUUGUAUACAUGUAUUCUGUGGUUGGAGAAGUCAAAAGCGGAAAAGAGUUGGAUGCAGCUGAAGAGGAGGUGAAGACGGCCCUAGUCAAGGCCAUCUGUGAUGAGCCAGAGCUGUCUCCUUUGUUGCAGAAAAUAACAGGCUGUGACUCAUCACUGAACCUGACAUCUCAGAAAGCCACAGAUGCAGUGGACGGUAUCUUUCGGUCCCUCGGGGAUAUUUCUCGAGCUCGAAUGCACAUGAAACAGUUUAAUUCCAUACAUAAUCCAGGCAGCAACACCCACCAGGCUUCUUACAAACCACUGCUGAAACAGGUAGUGGAAGAGAUCUGUAAUCCUGAUCGACCUGAUCCUGUUGAUAUUGAGCAUAUGUCAUCAGGCCUCACAGACCUCCUUAAAACUGGAUUUAGCAUGUUCAUGAAGGUGAAUCGCCCUCACCCUGGUGAUCAUCCUCUUCUGAUCAUCUUUAUGGUUGGUGGAGUCACAGUCUCCGAGGUCAAGAUGGUGAAGGAUCUAGUAGCAACACGCAAACCUGGCACCCAGGUAAUGGUGCUCUCCUCUGCUCUCCUGACACCACGUAGUACUAUUGAGUUGUUAUUUGCCACAGACCGUCUCCAGCUUCAUAGUGAUAUUUGAUGGAGGAAGAUCUAUGGAGAUGAGUGAAUGCCUCAGCUGGAAGCAUCAAAUCCCAGGUCUGUCACUGUUCCCGAUAGCACUGCAAAAUAUGGCAUGUGCCCUGCUGUAGUGAAACAGCUGGGUGUCUGGCUGCAAGGGAACAUGCACAGCUCACAGGAGCUCUUCGAAACGAUCCACAACUCCCCCCUCCUUAACAAUAGCACCAUGCAGUGCUGAAUCACCCCAGCCCCUCUUGGCAUGGCAAAGAUGAUCACUUGUCAUAAUUCCCUAGAAAAUGAGAGGCUGAGGACCAGGUGAUGAUGAAUUUGCACUCCCCAAGCAGUACUUUUUUUUAAUCUGGAGUAUUCCUGAUGAUUUCACUGGCGUUGCUUCUGAAGGGACUGAAAUGCUUUCUGAGGGAGUGAAAGGCCAGCAAAAUACACCCUCUCUGUCAUGCUACCAUGCAAAACCCAUGUGCUUUACACAGGUUUAACAGCCUCUGCUCUUACUUUGUCCUGCACCCUGGAGAGGCGAUGGAGCACAGCCCUGAUUUAGCUGGCAGAGCAGCUCCCAGUCCAGUGGUGCUCUCCUGACAGGACCAGUCGAGGCAGAGGAGAGAGCUGUACUCAAGGGCUGUGUUGAGUGGCUGCUUCUCUCUCAGGUUCCUGUUUCCUGCUCUAGUUUCUCAACCCACAGCGGCAGGAGAAAAGGCUGUUUCUGAUGGCACACUUCUCUGUAGGUUUAUACAGGAAGACAUAUGGGCUGUGGUGGUUUGAUGAUAACCCCCCUCCCCUCAUAUGCAUUUAGAAAAGAAAAAGAGAGAAAAAAGAAGCACAGUCCCAUUUCCAAGAGGCCACAGCACAGAUUCUGUCUUGAGCUAGAUUUCUGAGCAGCAAGAUUAGAAAACAGCUUUUAUUUUUAAUUUAUGACCACAAAAGAGCUGCUAUCAAAUUUGGUUAUGUAAUUUCUCUUUAUAAAACUUUGCUGCAAUCUGUGAUAAAAAAGCAGCAGCCAGUAGAUUGUAAUUGCCCAUAGCACCAAGCCUUCCAAAUUCCAGUGUAAAAUGGUGGAGCUCUAAAACUGCAUCCUCUUGCUUCAUUCAAAGGAUGCUAAGACUGCAGCUUACACUGAGAUGAGAAUGUGAAAUUGUGACAUUCAGUCUAUCAGAGCAUUCUUUAUUAUGCCAAAGGAGUAGAUUAAAUGGGAAGUAGCUUUUUAACCUUUGUUCAUUGGUUAGGGUAAGUUCUCUUAAAUGUUUAUAAUGGUCUUCAGAAAAGGGCGCCUUUUGAUUUAAAUUCACUUUUGGGUGGCUGAGUGGAAACAAUGGACCAAUUAUAAAGCAUGGACAAUGUCGCCUCUAUGGAAAAGAAAUUUAUAAGAAUGACUAUAGAAUGGAACUUUGUGCUAUAAAAAAUGAGAAUUAUUAUGAGAUUGCAAUGUUAAAAGCUCAAGAAAUAGUUUGAACAGAGCAACUGAAAGCAAAUAACCAGUCUCUUUUUCUGUCUUCUGUACUGUUUAAUCUUAGAAUAUAGAUGUUUUGUAAAUUCUGCAAUCAAUAAAGCAGUGCUCUUACAAUGCCAAA